AUGGCGGCGGCAGGUCCUGGUCGUUGUCUCCUAUCGCUGCUGCUGUUGCUGGCUUUGGCUACGUUCGCCCUCCCGCCGCCCAUCGCGGCCCAGCCGCUGCCCGCCGCUCUUCGUGCCGGCCACGCUGCCUCUUCGCUGCCCGCUGCGGCCACCGCGCCGCGCAUCAGAUACCUUCUGUAUGAUGUGAAUCCCCCUGAAGGCUUCAACCUCCGCAGAGAUGUCUACAUUCGCAUUGCUUCCCUUCUAAAAACCUUGCUGAAAAGUGAGAACUGGGUGUUAGUUCUGCCUCCCUGGGGACGUCUUUAUCACUGGCAGAGCCCCGACAUCCUUCAAGUCCGAAUCCCUUGGUCCGAGUUCUUCGAUCUCCCAAGCCUCAACAGGAAUAUCCCUGUCAUUGAAUAUGAGCAGUUCCUUGCAGAGUCAGGUGGGCCCUUUAUUGAGCAGAUUUAUGUCCUACAAGGCUACGCAGAGGGAUGGAAAGAAGGAGCAUGGGAAGAAAAAAUAGAUGAAAGGCCAUGCAUUGAUCAGCUUAUGUACUCCAAAGACAAACAGGACUACUACAGGGGAUGGUUCUGGGGUUACGACGAAACAAGGGGCCUAAAUCUGUCUUGUCUGUCUGUCCAAGGAUCUGCCUCCAUUGUGGCUCCCAUCCUUUUGAAGAACACUUCAGCACAGUCAGUGAUGUUAGACAGAGCUGAAAACCUUCUUCAUGACCACUACGGAGGGAGAGAUUAUUGGAAUACACGUCGGAGCAUGGUGUUCGCUAAACACCUCCGCGUAGCGGGAGACGAGUUUAGAAAGAAGUAUCUGCAAUCCACUGAUGAGGCAGACAGGACUCACUACAAGGAGGACUGGACGCAGAUGAAGGUUAAGAUGGGCACAGCUCUAGGUGGUCCGUACCUUGGGGUUCAUCUCAGAAGGAAAGACUUCAUUUGGGGUCAUAGAGAAGAUGUACCUUCCCUGCAAGGAGCAGUAAAGAAAAUCCACAGCCUCUUGGAGAUGCAUAAACUUGAAAAGGUUUUUGUAGCCACUGAUGCUGUUGAGGAGGAGAUUGAAUUACUCAAGGAACUGCUGCCUGAGAUGGUGAGGUUUGAACCCUCUUGGGAGGAGCUAGAACUCUACAAAGAUGGGGGUUUAGCUGUGAUUGACCAGUGGAUCUGUGCACAUGCAAGGUAUUUUAUAGGCACCUCAGUUUCAACAUUUUCCUUCAGGAUCCAUGAGGAAAGGGAGAUCCUGGGAUUUGACCCAAAAACAACUUACAACCGAUUUUGUGGUGAAAAAGAGAAAAACUGUGAGCAACCAACUCACUGGAAAAUUGUGUAUUAAACUAUAUAGAAAUCCAAGGACUUCAAAACUGGUGAGCUCAAAAAACAAACAAACAAAAAAACUGUGGGGAAAUAGCUGCCUUUGACCAAACUACAACUCAGUCCUCUACCCUCUUCUCAGUGUUUACCUGACAUUUGGGUUUUGAAGCAAUAUUCAUCUUCUUAGUCAGGCAUCGAGCAAGAAAAAAGAAGUCAGCCUGGGAUCCAGUGCUCAGCACGGCUAGAAUUAGAGGACAAUACCAGACACUGCAACUGAGAAUUGAAAGGCAAAACUUUGUCAUGAAACUGAGUGUGGCACAUCAUGAAUUCUUUCGGUGGCUUGAGACAUAUCUGCCAGCAGAACUGUGUUCCUUCUAACUCAGCUGCUUGUGAUGAAAAUCAUACCAUCAUUAAGGUUGGAAAAGGCCUCUAAGAUCAUCAAGUCCAACUGUCAACCCAACACUACCCUGACCACUAAACCAUAUCCCCAAGUUCCAUGUCUGCAUCAUUUUUGAACCCCUACAAGGACAGUAAAGAUAUUUUUCCUAAUAUCCAAUCUAAACCCUCCAUGGUGCAACUUGAGGCCGUUUUUUCUUGUCCCAUCACUUGAUACUAGGGAGAAGAGACCGACCCCCA